AAGCAAGCAAAUAACUGUAGCGAAGCAAGAGCUUAUGAGGCGAUAGCGCGAGAUCCUUGCCUCACCGGCUUCACUCCACGAUAUUUCAAACAACUUCAGAAGAAUGAUGAAUGUUUUAUCGAAAUUGAAGAUUUGUUACAACAAUUCGCAGAUCCCACUAAGACCAGUAUCAUGGAUAUCAAAGUUGGCACAAGGACGUUCCUCGAAUCUGAAGUGUCCAAUACGAAACGAAGAAAAGAUUUAUAUGAAAAGAUGACAGCUAUAGAUCCUGAUGAGCCGACACCGGAGGAACGAGCAUGUGGGGAAAUUACAAAACUGCGAUAUAUGCAGUUCCGAGAACGAGAAAGCAGCUCGGCCGAACUCGGAUUUCGUAUUGAAGCCGCCAAGAUUCGCACGUACGAGGAUGUAACCCUUACUUUAAUCGAAUUUUUCGGGACGGACCGGGAAAGAAUUCGAAGCAGAUUGCUAGCGCGAUUAAGAGCAAUGCGAAGAGCGAUUGAGAAGAGUCGGUUUUUCGCUACUCAUGAGGUUGUGGGCAGUUCUCUUCUAAUUGUGCACGAUAGUGAAAAAGUCAACUGCUGGAUGAUUGACUUUGCGAAAUCAUCGCCUGUUCAACCACCAAGGACUUUGGAUCACCGCACUACAUGGGUUCCCGGCAAUUCCGAAGAUGGUUACCUUACUGGAAUCGACAAUCUCAUUAAGAUCCUUGAAGGCUUGCCGCCUAUGGAAGUUCGACCAACGAAAGAGUUGAGGUGA